GGUACAAGGUAUUUUGCCCAUAUCGUUGUUUCUCAGACUGUGAAGAGUUUUGCUUGUGGUACGGACGGCUGUUGAGCUAUCGCGGCAGCAGCAAUACCAAAACCGCCAGAACGCAACGUCUUGGACGUUUCAGCGCUCUUCCGACGUCAUGAAAAUGCGGUUUCGCAUUUGGCCGUCUGACCGAGUUUCCUUUUCAUUUCGUAACCUGUAUAAUAACACCUGGAAGGAUUACAAGGUCGCUGUUGCGCAAUCGCACAGCGAACAAACGCUGCUGCGACCGACAUAACUUUCGCGACUAGGAUGCAGACGACAUCGCCAACGAUGCUGUCGCACGCAUCCGAGAAAGUGCUCUCUGCCCUGCUUGAGGUCCGCAACGAAAUUCUCUUCUGCGGGGCCUCUGCGGUCGUCCUGGCUUGGCUGCAGUUGGGACAAGGCUUGGCGGAGCUCUUAGGAAGGGUGCUAAUUGGAGUCAUUUUACCUGCCCUGGGACUCGGAUGGGUUUUAUGCCGUGUCCUGAGGAGCCGGACACUUGUUCUGCCGCACAAGAAGGCUGUGCUCAUAACGGGUUGUGACCGUGGAUUCGGCAACCGGCUGGCCAGGCGCCUUGACAGCCUAGGCUUCCAGGUGUUUGCGGGAUGCUUAAAUGCCAAGAGUGAAGAUGCCCAACAUCUCAAGCAGCAGACGUCUCCGAGGACCCAUGUCUUUCAGCUGGAUGUCACUCGGGAUGAGGACAUCAGGGCAGCUGUCGACAUGGUCAAGGAACAACUUGGUGACAAUUCCCUAUGGGGCGUCGUGACAAACGCCGGAAUCAACGUCUUUCUGGAACUGGAGUGGCUCCGACAGGAAGACGUGAAAAAUAUGUUUGACGUCAACGUCCACGGCACCUUGUCUGUCGUUCGGGCUUUCCUUCCCAUGUUGCGGCGAUUCAAAGGUUCCAGGAUAGUGUUGGUGGCUAGCCAAGCAGGACGAAUCGUACCAUUGUGGAUCGUGCCGUAUGCCAUGACCAAAGCUGCCGUCAUAGCCCUAGCAGACGGAUUAAGGCGUGAACUAUGCAAGUGGAACGUGCAUGUCUCUACCAUCGAGCCCUACUAUUACCUCACGGACAUCAACCCCAAGAGCGAAGAAGAAAUGCUCCGGCGGCACGCUGCCGUGGCCGAACCCGUCCGUGCCGCCUAUGGCAGCCAUUAUCCGCAAGAAGCCGCCCGAAGCAUGGUGCGCUUCCUGCAGUGGGCAUCCAGGACAGACAUAGGUGAAGUGACGCGUGCCAUGGAGCAAGCUCUGAUGCAGGUUCAGCCAGAGCGCUACUACCGCUGCGAUGGAACUCUCACUUGGAUAUUGCACCUGCUCCUCUUCAACCUGCCCAGCUUCUUCGCCGACGUCGCGGUGUCAACCAUGUUUACGGGUAGUUAUGCUCCGGAUAAAGAUGGAGUUCUUCAACGGAGACAUUUGCGCAAAACUGACAACUGUCACUCUUGGUGAUGCUGACAAGGCUCACCAUAUCACCAAUAUCAUUGUGGACUGAUGCGUGCACCGUGUUGAUUAUGAAAUGAGGAAGUGACAGAGAGGAUGAGCCCAGCAGAGCAUGAGCAAAGGUUACCCAGGGCAGCUCUCUUUAUACGGGAUAAAGAUUGCAUGGUGAGAUUGAUCACUGUGUAUCAGCUGUGGAAGCUCGUAUCAGUGGGGAUCUUCUGCUGCUGCUGUUCUGUGGUGAACCUCAACCGUGUACCCACAUGAAUGCAGUUCAUUGCAGGUCAGGGACAUUGAAUAUGGGAUACUCAUUUUUAUGCAUUCUGUACAAACUUGUAUGACUCACUGUGUGACUCGAUGUGCAAAACUGUGAUACACGCACAAGUAAAAUCAUGCUGAAACACAAAACGCAGUUUGUGACUGGGGAUGAAAACUGACUCAACCAAUGGGAUCCCAAGAGCAAGCAAGAGCAUGGCCUCUAAGCACGAGAAUUCUCCUCCGCCCGUAAAAUUCGAGACAGCCUCUAUGGGAAAGAUCAUGACAAGAUUUUUUGGGGGAUGAGGAGUUUGCUCUGCAGAUUGAUUACCUACAACCAAAAACUAGGACAACAGGGGCCUAUCAUUCCCGUGCUGGUUCGGAUGAGGCCAUUUAAAGAAAAGUGCCACGGAAAAUUGGGCAAACAAAUUUUGAUGCUGCAUGACAAUGGCCACCCUGGUAAUCGCUUACUGCAUAAGAAGCUCUACAGAAAUGACUGUUCCAAGUUGCUAAACCACCCAGCCUAUUCUCUGGUGACUUCUUCCUGUUUUGACAUUGAACCUUUGAGGACAAUUUCUCGAUGAAGAGGCAGGCAAUUGAACACUAUUUCCAGGGGUAGUUUAUUCUCUUUAGGAGUCUGAGAACUUGGAAAGCCAUGUGUGAAGCUUGGGAAGGAGGGGGGGGGGGGGGGGGGGGGGGUGC